AUGAAUGAUGAAGUGGACGACUCGAAUAUCAACAAUGUUCAAUCAUCAAUUAGUACAAAAGCUGAUGAAACAAUCAUUGAAGAUUGUAUUUAUUUAGCUCAUGAUUUAACUAAAGAACAAAAAAGAACUUCUGAUGUUUUAAAAGAAAAUCCACAUGAUAACAGUAAUUAUAUUGAUAAUAUUUGUUUCGCCGACUUGCAGUUAUCUGCUCCAGUGUUACAUGGACUUCGUGAUGCUGGUUUCAUCCGACCUUCACCUGUACAAAUUAAAGCUAUCCCUUUGGGUAGAUUAGGAAUGGAUUUGAUUGUUCAGGCUAAAUCUGGUACAGGAAAAACUGUUGUAUUUGCUGUUGUCAUUUUGGAGGCAAUUAACGUGAAACAAUCAGCUAUUCAAGCACUUGUAUUAUCACCUACACGUGAAAUUGCUUUUCAAUCACAAAUGGUUAUUGAACGAUUAGGUUGUCAUAUACCUGGUUUAAAAUGUCAUCUAUUCGUUGGUGGUUUACCUUUAGCUGAUGAUUUAUGUCAUCUUUCCAAUUGCCAUAUUGUUGUCGGUACACCUGGUCGUAUACGUUAUUUACUAGAAUCUGGUUAUCUAUCCACAGAAUAUAUAAGGCAGUUGAUAUUGGAUGAAGCUGAUUUAUUGUUAUCUGGUGGAGCUGAUGUCAAAUUAACUGGUGGCAGUGCUAAUAAUGCUUUUCCGGCUGAUAUUAAUUAUAUCUGGUGGAGUUUACCAAAAGGCAAACAAGUAUUAGCUUUAUCAGCUACCUAUACAGAUUAUCUAGUGAAUGAACAUCUACCACGUUAUAUGAAUAGUCCAGCGAUUAUACGUUUAGCAGUCAAUGAUCCAGCUUUAAUUGGUGUUCGUCAAUUCUUCUACCUUAUACAACCGGCUACACGUUCUCCAACCUCAGUAUUUGAAGCGAAAAUAAAAUUUCUGUGCAAACUACUCAGUGCUAUUGAAUUCCAGCAAUGUUUAAUUUUUUCAAAUUUUCAUAACAAUGCUCAAGAUCUAUGCAGUGCAUUAUGUUCACGUGGUUGGCCCGUUUGUUAUAUAUCGAGUAGUUUAGAACAACAACAACGAUUUCGUACAUUCAAUAAAUUGCGUUUAUUCCAGUGUCGUAUUCUCAUUACUACCGAUUUAACAUCACGUGGUAUCGAUGCUGAAAAUGUCAAUCUUGUGAUCAGUUUAGAAGUACCCUGGGAGCAUGAGACUUAUGUACACCGGGUGGGACGCGCUGGAAGAUUUGGUAGUUAUGGCGCUUCAAUAAUCAUUGUCUCAGAUGUUGGUGAUGAAUGUGAUCUACUGAAAAAAUUGCAAUCCAAGUGUCCAACACAAAUUCGUGAACUACCUGAUCCUAUUCCAUCAGAUUUAGCAAAAGCCGAUUUUUCUGUUGAACUUGAUCGUCUGGUUACAGUAACCAAUCGAAUGAAUGAUCUUCAACCGCGUCCAGUGGUUAAGAAUUUUAAAAAAUUAAGUACACCGCAACAAGUUAUCGAAUCAUCGCCUAGUGAUUUAUCGAGAGAAGAAGAAGAAGAAGAAGAAGGAGAAGUAACAGGAAAGGAGACUGAGAGACACGUAAGCAUGACAAAAAUAACGACAACAAAGAGGAAAAAGAAGGGACCAACGAAUGUCAAUUGUGAUCAUACUUCCAGGAAUAAAGCAUCUCAACCAGACAAUUCAUCUCCUACAGAUGAUUUAGUUGUACAACUAUCGAAGUAUACAAAUCUAAUGGAAUCUGAAUAUUUUGACUCACUGUCAUCAUUGGAUCCACUCACUUGGGACAAUAAAUCAUUACGUAACAUUGAGGAAACGGAAAAAUAUUUAGUGAAAUUAGUCAAUGAUUAUCAUCAAAAUGGUAUGGACAGAUUGAUAAACUUGAAAAGAUUAAAUAAUAAUAAUAAUGCUGAUUAUUCAAUGAAUAAGCAGAAAGCCAGUCAAUCUCAUAAUCAUAACGAUUACGAUGACGAUGAUGGUGAUGAUCGUAACCAUAGUGAUAUUGAUGCAAACAAUGAGAAAUUGACAAAGAAUCAUUCAAAGUCAAAUGAACUUCACUGGACUGCAAGACAAAUCUCAGCUUGGUAUGAAUAUCAUCAAUUAUUGGAUUAUGCUAAUUAUUUCUACAGUGAAUGGAGUUCAGCAAUGAAUGAAUACAAGCAUGCUGUAGAUUAUUUAAAACAAUUACGAUCAGUAAAACAUUGUACACAUUGA